GGCACGGCCUGCCUAGGUGGCUGCAGGGGGCGGGCCGAGGAGCGGGGAGGGCGGGGCGGCCAGGCGGCCUUAAAGAGCUGCGGGCCCCACCCUGUGCCCCAAGCCCCGGCUCCACCAUGGCCGAAACCUCCAAGCUGCAGCUGUUUGUCAAGGCGAGCGAGGACGGCGAGAGCGUCGGCCACUGCCCGUCCUGCCAGCGGCUCUUCAUGGUCCUGCUCCUGAAAGGGGUGCCUUUCACGCUCACCACGGUGGACACGCGGAGGUCGAUGGACGUCCUCAAGGACUUCGCGCCAGGCUCGCAGCUGCCCGUUCUGUUGCACGACGGGGACGCCAAGACCGACACGCUGCAGAUCGAGGAGUUCCUGGAGCGGACGCUGGGGCCGCCCGACUUCCCCAGCCUGGCGCCGCGGUACGGGGAGUCCAGCACGGCGGGUAACGACGUCUUCCACAAGUUCUCCGCCUUCAUCAAGAACCCGGUGCCCGCGCACGACGCAGCCCUGUACCAGCAGCUGCUGCGCGCUCUGGCCAGGCUGGACGGCUACCUGCGCGCGCCCCUGGAGCACGAGCUGGCGCGGGAGCCGCAGCUGCGCGAAUCGCGCCGCCGCUUCCUGGACGGCGACCAGCUCACGCUGGCCGACUGCGGCCUGCUGCCCAAGCUACACAUCGUGGACGCCGUAUGCGCGCACUUCCGCCAAGCGCCCAUCCCCGCGGAGCUGCGGGGCGUGCGCCGCUACCUGGACAACGCGCAGCAGGAGAAGGAGUUCAAGUACACCUGCCCGCACCGCGCCGAGAUCCUGGCGGCCUACCGGCCGGCCGUGCACCCCCGCUAGCCCCCUGCCCCACCCCGCCCCAUGAAGGCCUCUCUGCCCCAGAAGCUGGGGGGGGGGCAGGUGUCCCACCCUCGGCCAUUGCUGCCACCCCAGGAGCUCGAGGGCAGCGCUCCGGCCCAGAUGAGUGCGCCACCAGCACAGGGGGACUGGACUGGGCUCCCAAACCAGUCAGGCCGGGGCGGGGCGGCCGAGGGGUGGGGCCCGCAUUCCUCCCCAGGCCCAGGCUGCAGGCCCGGACCCCUCCCCCAUCCCCUCCCCCAUGGUGGUCACAGUGCAGAUGCUGCCCCGCCCCACCAUGGCCCUCCAAACACGUGUGUGCUCAGCA